AUGACUACUAAAACUCAUCAAUAUAAUUAUAAUAGAAGAAAUUCAAAUACAACUCCAUAUCAAAUACCUAUAAAAUUUGAUCAUCAUAGUAAUCAUUCACAAAUGAAUAAUCAUCAACAACAUUCACCAAUUUUACAACAUCAAUAUCCUCAACAACAACAACAACAUACUCAAUUACCUCCAAUAUCUCAAUUACCUCAUCAUAAUUUUCAUCAAUCAAAUUCUUCAAUUUCUUCAACAAAUUCAAUUUCAAGUUUAAAACAAAGUCCUCAAAUACUGCCUAAUUUUUCAACUUUUUCAGUAUCAAGUUCUAUAACAACAACUCCAAAAGAUUCUCAAUUUCCAUCAACUACUCAACAACAAUUAAAUUCUCCAAUGUCUUCUACUACUUUAUCAUCACAACAACAAAAUUAUUUUCAUAAUAGUCCAAAUAAUAAUAACAUUAAUAAUCAUAAUUUAAAUAAUGGGAAUAUAGUACCAAAAUUCCAACAACAACAACAGCAACAACAACAACAAGCAAUAUAUAGUAAUAAAGUACAACAACUUCUUAAUUUAAAAGAGGAAGAUAUAAUAGAAGAAGAUCAAGAUGAUAAUAAUAGUAGUAAUAAUAAUACUCCACAAGAUAUAUCAUUAUCAUCAGCUAUAUCGUCUCCACCAACGACAACAAUCACAACAAACACAAGUAAUACCCCAAAUCAUCAUCACAAUCAUAACCACCACCAAAAUCAACAAUCACAUUCAGGAAUAAUUCAACAUCAUGAAAUAUUACCAAAAUUAUCAAGAGAAUUUGUAGUUAGAAGAAUAAGUGAAGGAGAAUCAGGUAGAGUUAAAGAAGAUAUUAGAUGUGAAGCUUGUGGGAAAGGAUACAAACAUAUUUCAUCAUUAGCUAAACAUUUAUGGGAACAUACACCAGAAUGGAAUGUUACAAAAAAAUUAUUAAUUUCAAAACAUCAACAAGUUCAAUUAUUAGAAGCUGCUUCUAUAUUAAUUGGUAUGAAUGAAAAUUAUUUGAAUUCUCCUUUAAGUUCAGCUGAAAUUAGUAGUGGUGAUAAUGAUUCUGAUACAAAUUCAAAUAAAAAUCAUAAACGUGCAACUAGUGUUUAG